UUUGAAUCCCAUCGAAAUGUCUGGACGAGGUAAAACCGGAGGAAAGGCCCGCGCCAAGGCCAAGACCCGCUCCUCCCGGGCCGGGCUGCAGUUCCCGGUGGGCCGCGUCCACAGGCUGCUCCGCAAGGGGAACUACGCGCACCGCGUGGGAGCCGGAGCUCCGGUGUACCUGGCCGCUGUGCUCGAGUACCUGACCGCUGAGAUCCUGGAGCUCGCCGGGAACGCGGCCCGCGACAACAAGAAGUCCCGCAUCAUCCCCCGCCACCUGCAGCUCGCCGUCCGCAACGACGAGGAGCUCAACAAGCUGCUGGGGGGGGUCACCAUCGCUCAGGGCGGGGUUCUGCCCAACAUCCAGGCGGUGCUGCUGCCCAAGAAGACCGAGAAGGCCGCCAAGUCCAAGUAGAAGCUCCGGAGACCCGGAGAACCACAACGGCUCUUUUCAGAGCCACCCACCCUCAGAGGAGAGUCAAAGUCCGGUUACAGCUGAAUCAGCUCAGGGUCCAUCUGGAGCUCAGACAUGUUCAUUAGAAAACGACCAGAAGUCAAAGUAAUGAUGUAUAAUUAAUAAUCAGACUUAUUGUUGGUCUUUGAUCUAAUUCAUCGAAUCUGAUUCAAUCUGCAACAUAAAGUUACAACUAAAUUGAUUU